AUGACCUGUUACUUGUAUUACAUCAUCCCAGCAUUGGGAGGCUAUGUCCUCCUCUCCCGCUACCUGCUGAAGAACCCUCAUAUUCUACAUAAGAAGAAAAGAUUGUUCCACUGCACCCACAUUUCACAUAGAGGGGGAGCAGGAGAGCGGAUAGAAAGCACAAUGGAAGCAUUCACACAUGCAGUGAAUGUAGGGACAGAUAUGUUGGAGUUAGACUGUCACUUGACCCGUGAUGGCUACGUGGUUGUAUCGCAUGAUGAGAACUUGGAUCGACAGACUGGGCAUAAUGUCACAAUUUCAUCUUUGAAUCUAGAGGACUUGCCUCUCUAUAAGGAAAGACUGGAGGUCACAUUUUAUGCUGGCAGGUAUAGCACGGGGGAAGACAGAAAAAUAGUUUUACUUGAGGACCUCUUCAAGAAGUUCCCAAAAGUGCCUGUCAACAUUGAGAUCAAGGAAGAUAACACCUUGCUUAUGAGCAAGGUAUCCUCAUUUGUAAAGCAGUAUGAAAGAGAAGAAAUCACUGUGUGGGCAAGUGAAGACUCUGACAUCAUGAACAAAUGUCUGAGAAAGAACCCAUCCAUGCCUUAUAUGUUCACUGUACGUAGAGGCCUGCAGUUGCUCUUGCUGUACUACAGUGGCCUGUUGCCAUUUGUACCUCUGGGAGAAAGCUUUCUGCAGAUAUACCUACCCCAGGUCUUCAACAGGAUGUAUAUUCCUGAGUCUCCUAUUCUAAAGAACAGAAUGGUCAUCUAUCUAAUUGAAAAACUAACAAUGCGGAAAAGCCUGUUCGAACACUUAGCUAAGAGAGGAAUUCAGGUGCACCUCUUUGUUUGCAACGUGGAAGAAGAUAUCAAGGCAGCAUUUUCAGUGGGAGCUACAGGAGUCAUGACUGACUAUCCCAGUCUUUUGUCAAACUAUCUUCGCACACACCCACACACUGCUCAUCUUAGUAGCUAGUAGAAAGAACCUUCUUUGAGCUAGAAAUAAGACCAAACUGAGCAAUGUUAUGAAUGUAUGCAACCAUAGAAACAAGACAGCCCAGUGGGAGCUUCCCAUUUUCACCACCAGAGGUGGAAAAUCCAGGUUCAGAAAGUGAAAGUCCAGCCAUGUAUUUCUUCCACCUAUGAAUUCAGCCAGCUGAUUCCACUAAUUAGUUCAACCUCCUGGCUGAAGAUUUGUGUUA